UGCUACGCCCCUGAGAUAAAAUAAAAUAAAAGGACGAAAAUAAAAACCACUCAUAUUCUCCCUUCGCAUUAGUUCUGUGCUUUCAGUGGCGUCCGAAUCCAAACAAUCUCCGACUCCGUCCUCAGCCGCUCGAGCAGCCAUGGGUUCCGAUGCAGAUAUGGAGGAUUACGGAUUCGAGUACUCGGAUGAAGAGCCUGAGGAGCAGGACGUUGAUAUCGAAAACCAGUAUUACAACUCCAAAGGUUUGGUUGAGUCUGAUCCAGAAGAAGCACUUUCAGGAUUCAAAGAAGUAAUUGGCAUGGAGCCUGAGAAGGCCGAGUGGGGAUUUAAAGCUUUGAAGCAAACUGUGAAGAUUCACUAUCGGCUAGGGAGGUAUAAGGAUAUGCUGGAUUCGUACAGGGAGAUGUUGACGUACAUCAAAUCAGCUGUAACGCGGAAUUACAGUGAAAAAUGUAUCAACAACAUUAUGGAUUUUGUGUCCGGCUCAGCUAGUCAGAACUCUGGCCUCCUGCAAGAGUUUUAUCAGACUACUCUAAAGGCCCUUGAAGAGGCAAAGAAUGAGCGGCUUUGGUUCAAGACAAAUCUUAAGCUUUGCAAAAUUUGGUUUGAUAUGAGUGAAUAUGGGCGAAUGAGUAAGAUUUUGAAGGAACUCCACAAGUCUUGUCAAAAAGAAGAUGGUACUGAUGAUCAAAAGAAAGGAAGUCAACUUUUGGAGGUUUAUGCAAUUGAGAUCCAAAUGUACACUGAGACUAAAAAUAACAAAAAGCUGAAGCAAUUAUACCAAAAGGCUCUUGCAAUCAAGUCGGCAAUACCACAUCCUAGGAUCAUGGGAAUUAUACGAGAGUGUGGGGGUAAGAUGCAUAUGACAGAGCGUCAGUGGGCAGAUGCUGCCACAGAUUUCUUUGAAGCCUUUAAGAACUAUGAUGAAGCAGGGAACCAGAGGCGUAUACAAUGCUUGAAAUAUUUGGUUCUGGCUAACAUGCUGAUGGAGUCCGAGGUUAAUCCAUUUGAUGGUCAAGAAGCAAAGCCGUAUAAAAAUGAUCCUGAGAUCUUGGCAAUGACAAAUCUGGUAGCAGCAUAUCAACGAAAUGAGAUAUUGGAGUUUGAAAAAAUUCUGAAGAGUAAUAGGAAGACGAUCAUGGAUGAUCCAUUCAUUCGAAACUAUAUUGAAGAUCUGUUGAAGAAUAUUAGAACCCAAGUGCUGCUUAAACUCAUCAAGCCAUAUACUCGAAUUCGAAUUCCCUUCAUAUCAAAGGAGCUUAAUGUCCCUGAGAAAGAUGUUGAGCAGCUCUUGGUUUCACUUAUUUUAGAUAACAGAAUCGAUGGGCAUAUUGAUCAGGUGAACCAGCUCAUGGAGCGUAGUGACAGGUCAAAGGGAAGGAAGAAGCAUGCUGCUGUAGAUAAAUGGACCACGCAGCUGAAGUCUCUUUCCCAAACUAUUGGUAACCGAGUAUAUUGAAAAAGAAAGCAUGGUGCUGGUUUUUGUCGUUAUGUCAUGGCAUUACAACUUUACUCAUGUAAGGUUAAAAUGUUUGAGAAGCCGUGAAUGUGAUUACGAGCCUUAAGUUUAGUCGUUUGCUCAUAAGAUUUUCUGUGAUAGCCGUAGAUGCGCUACUCAUCUGUGCUAACAACAAUUCUAAUAGCAAGUUUUGGAGAGGGCAAAUGCAAUGAGUAUAUAUAUGCAGAACUAUU